AAAAAGAUAUAUGCCACUGUGAAAUUCGGCUCUGUGUAGAAAUUUCCCGGAAAUGUACACGUCUGGAAUGCUUAAACGGUGCGUUCUACUUCUCGGCGAAGCCAACUGGUGUGGCGUCCAAUCUUCCCUCUACACAAAGGGCCAAAACCUCACCGACCGGCGCUGCCAAUUCUCGAAGAAGAUUGAGGUAAAUAUUGCAAGAAGCUGAACCCUUCGAAGGAAUCGGCACUUGUUUACGUUCUUCUAUGCAAAGGACUAGUUUGAUCUGCGGAUGCUAGGCAAGCUGUGCGGCGGGAUUCUUUCUCAGUUCUUUUUGCUGAGUGCAGGAAAUUUAGGUGCUUCAUUAGUUGGAUUCGUCAUCUGAAGCUGGAAAACAAUGGCUACGGCAACAAUGGCCACUGCUGCAGGUGCGGCCGCUUUACUUUACUACACGCUGAGUAAAAAAUUACAGACAGAAAAGUCUCGGGAUCAUAAAGAGGGCGAAGACAGUGAUGAUGGAUCUAGGAAUGCUCCUGAUGUGAAUAGGAUUUCUCGGAGGCCGGUGCAAGCACCAGCUACAUGGAUGGAAACAAUAUCGACCUUGUCAGAGACUUUGAGAUUUACAUACUCGGAGACUCUGGGGAAAUGGCCGAUUGGGGAUUUAGCUUUUGGUAUCAAUUUUCUUCUCAAGAGGCAGGGAAAUUUAGAUGUUUCUAGUAUAUAUGCUGGAGAUAAUUGUGUACAACUUAAAGGACCGAAAAUCACCUCUGAGCUAACGUAUCUCUUAAAUUUGUUGACUCUUUGUUGGCAUUUUUCAAAAAAGCCAUUCCCAUUGUUUCUGGAGAUGACGGGUUACUCUUACAAAGAUGUUCUACUCCAGGAACCAAAAGCAGGGAUUUUGAAGCCAGCUUUUACAAUUUUGAUUGACAGACAUACUGAGAGCAUCCUUCUACUCAUUCGUGGGACUCAUAGUAUAAGGGAUACUUUGACAGCGGCAACUGGGGCUAUUGUGCCUUUUCAUCAUACACUUGUACAUAAAGGUGGUGUUAGUGAUGUAGUUCUUGGCUAUGCACACUGUGGAAUGGUUGCGGCUGCACGGUGGAUUGCGAAGAUAGCAAAGCCAUGUCUGACAAAAGCAUUACUCGAUUUUCCUGAUUACCAGCUAAAGGUUGUCGGGCACUCUCUUGGUGGAGGUACUGCAGCACUCUUGACAUAUAUUUUACGUGAGCAGCAGGAGUUUGCAGCUGCUUCCUGCGUUUCAUUUGCUCCAGCUGCAUGUAUGACCUGGGACUUAGCAGAAUCAGGCACACACUUUGUUACCUCAGUUAUCAACGGAGCUGACUUGGUUCCUACAUUCUCUGCGGCAUCAGUAGAUGACUUGCGUUCCGAGGUCACUGCAUCAGCAUGGUUAAAUGAUCUAAGAAGUCAAAUAGAGCAAACAAGAAUCUUGAGUACUGUAUAUCGCUCUGCUUCCGCUCUGGGCUCUAGAUUAUCAUCAAUUGCUAGUGCUAGAGCAAGAGUUGCUGGUGCUGGUUCAAUUCUUCGUCCAGUCUCAAAUGGAACACAGGUUGUGAUGAAGAGAGCUCGCAAUGUGGCCCAGGCUGCUUGGACUAGUCAAUCCUUACGGAUUACAUCAUGGUCAUGUAUUGGUCCUCGUCGCCGUCAGAAUGCCACUAUUCCUGCUUCCACAUUAAGAUCAGAUGAAACUGGUACCAGGCCUUCUACCUCAACUGUUGAGACAGUGGAGCCUUUUCUGGCAUCAAACAAAACUGUCAUGGAAACGCGAACAGAGAUAAUGACAGCCCAAAUCGAGGAUGUUGCCGAGGACGAUAUUGAUGAGGAGGACCUCAUAAGCCUUGCACGGAAUGAGGAAGAUAGCAUGACUGAAGCUGAGCUUUGGCAACAGCUUGAGAGUGAGAUCUACAGAGGAAGUGAGGAUGAGGAGACAGAAGUUACAAGGGAUAUUAGGGAGGAAGAAGUUGCUGCUGCUGCAGAGGUAGGCGAGGCAAGUGAAUCAGAUAGCUUACUCCCAGUAGUUACAAGUGAGGUCCACCGAUUUUUUCCUCCAGGGAGAAUAAUUCACAUUGUAACUUCUAAUCCGAAUGAAAGAUCACUUGAGGAGGUAAGUGAAAACGUUGAUACUGAAUUUCAAGAAGAGAAGUCCAAUAUUGGGGUCUUCCAGACCCCAAGAUCACUGUAUGGAAAAUUGAGGCUCUCACUGGCAAUGAUAAAUGAUCACUACAUGCCAAUUUACAGAAGGAAUAUGGAGAAGCUGAUUAAUGAGCUUUUGAAGGAAGAAGCUUCUUCACAAGAGGAAUGCCAUUACAAAGACAGAUCGUUAUAGGCAAGUAAAUUGCUCCAUUAGCUAAAAUAGGGCUUUGUUUUAGAUUUGUGCAGGUAUCAAUAUGAUGCUUUACAUGAUUUUCUGUGUCUGAUGGUUUCUUUGUUACCUUCUUCAUUUUUUUUUUGUCACCUUUGCUUGUGAUCCUGUAUAUCCAUGGAAGUGAUGACCUGACAA